AAUUGACAUUUGACACGAUACAUUAGUGUUACGUCAUCUUGUAAAUAUGGACGACGUGUAACUUUUACGAUUUAUUCUCUUUCUAUUAGUAGUUUUAAAUUGAUAUGAAAAUGAGUGACAGCGCGAAUAUCAAAUCGAACUCAGCUCAAAAUGAACCAGCCAUGAAGGGAUGGUUGUUUAAAUGGACUAAUUAUUUGAAAGGUUAUCAAAGAAGGUGGUUUGUUCUACAAAAUGGACUUCUGUCAUAUUACAGGGCCGAAAACAAUGGCGGCGUACCUACUUUGACAAUAAGAAGACGUAGGAGAUUCCGACAAGGAAAUCAAGCUGAAAUGGCGCACACUUGUCGCGGUAGUAUAUCUCUUCAUGGUGCCUUGAUCUAUACGGUAGACGCGUGUACAUUUGUUAUUUCGAAUGGUGGUACCCAAACGUUUCACAUAAAGGCAGCAUCCGAAGUAGAAAGGCAGCAAUGGGUGACCGCUCUGGAAUUGGCGAAAGCCAAAGCUAUUAGAAAUAUGGAAUCUGAGGAGGACGAAGAAAUAGACGAUUCCAGUGAUUUUGAAGACUGGUCUGGUGUAGUUAGGAAAUUAGAAUCGCAAUUGAAUGAUCUACAAACGUGUAGCGACGUUUUGGCUAAACAUUGGAAAAAUUUGGCCAAAUCUUUAGGUGAAAUGGAAACUAACCCGGAUCCGGAAUCGUUACAAGGAAAAAGUAAGGAAGUUUGCGAAAGGGCUACUUUAUUUAGGAUCGCAUCGAAUGCUAUGGUUAAUUCUUGCGGUGAUUAUUUGAAAUCAUCUCAAAGUCAUGGACAUAAAUUAAUGAGAGCGUUACAGCACGAAAAAGAACAGAGAAUACGUUUGCAAGAAAUGGUGGAAACACUUGCUCAGCAACAUUCUAAAUUGGAACGGGCCGCGAACGCUCAUUCGCAAAUUCCGGCCGUAAAUGCAACUAAUAACGAAGACGAGGAUGAUAACGAAUUUUAUGAUGCUUUAGCAGAAGGUGGUUGUUCACCUGGACAUGUUACAGAUAAUGACGAACAUUUUACAUUAAAUAUUCGAACUGGGACAGGUCAUAGACGUAAUAGCUCUGAUAGUUCGAGUGAGACUGAAGAGACACAAACUAAACAGGUAGUAGUAGUAACCGGUAAACACAACAACAUAAGACGACCAGAGACUCCUAGUGGUUCAUCUGCAAAUGCUUCUCCUAAAUCGAACAGUAGUAAACGCCAAAGGCGUACCAGGAUUCCAGAUAAGCCAAAUUAUCCUCUCAAUUUGUGGAGCAUCAUGAAAAAUUGUAUAGGAAAAGAUUUAUCUAAAAUACCGAUGCCGGUCAAUUUCAACGAACCUCUUUCGAUGAUGCAACGUAUUACUGAAGAUUUUGAAUAUGCAGAUAUACUUGACAUAGCAGCAAAAUGUAGUGAUCCUUGCGAACAGUUGGCGUACGUAGCAGCUUUUACUAUAUCUGCUUACGCUACGACUAGUAUAAGAACCGGUAAACCUUUCAAUCCUUUAUUGGGGGAAACUUACGAAUGCGACCGUACUGAUGAUCUGGGCUGGAGAAUUAUCAAUGAGCAAGUUUCUCAUCAUCCCCCGAUGGUAGCUCAAUAUUGCGAAGGGAAGAAUUGGGUGUGUUUCCAGGAGUUUACGAUGACUUCGAAAUUUAGGGGAAAAUAUUUACAAAUUAUUCCAUUAGGAACAGCGCAAUUAGAAUUCAAAGAUAAACACAAAUAUUCAUGGAGAAAAGUUACCACCACAAUUCACAAUAUCAUAGUGGGAAAAUUAUGGGUCGACCAACACGGUGAUAUGGAAAUAAUAGGAAAGGAUGCCGCCGAAGGUAUAAAGUGCGUACUGAAAUACAUACCUUACUCGUAUUUCACCAGGGAUUCCCAGAGGCGGGUUAAAGGUGUGGUAAUGGACGGUGAAGGUAGCGUUAAAUGGAUAGUCAACGGUACGUGGGACGAUCAAGUUGAAAUAGCCCCCGUAACGGGUAACACCGGUACGAAUGGUAAUCCUGUAUACGAAACCGGUCCCUCGAUAAUAGCUUGGAAACGUAGACCGCCCCCGCCGGAAUCCGAAAAGUUUUAUAAUUUUACGGUUUUGGCUGCUCAGUUGAAUGAACCGGAAGAAGGUGUGGCUCCGACAGAUUCGAGAUUGAGACCGGAUCAGAGACUCAUGGAGGAAGGUUUAUGGGAUGAAUCUAAUAAGGAGAAGAUUCGUUUGGAGGAGAAACAGAGAGCCGCGAGGAGACAACGGGAAUCUGAGGCGGAAUUGGCUGCGGCGGAAGGUCGUCCUUACACACCUUACAAACCCGUAUGGUUCGAUCAAACCCAAGAAGACGAUUCUGGUAUAAUGCACCACGUCUACAAAGGUACCUAUUGGGAUUGCAAAGCCAACCAAGACUGGUCCUCAUGCCCCGAUAUAUUUUAGUUUAAAAACUCCACCCCCCAGCCAUUCCUAUGAUAGCCAAUCGAAUUUUCGACUGUAUUUAAUUAUGUCUCAAAAA